AAAUUUACUAUCUCUGAAACCAAAUUUUUACAAAAGCUAUAAACAAAAAUUAGUUUGACUAUGUCUUAAAAUAGUAAGUAAAAUGUGCGUGUUUUAUCUAAUAACUGUUUCUUGCAGUUGGAGCAAAUUGUAUACUCGGCAGGCGACAAUAUAACAAUCACGUAUAUAUCAAAGAACCCCCAGAGUCCAGCGACAAUGGCCAACUCAACCAACCCCUUCUGGAACGCCAUUCAGAGUGCUGCUAAUGACCUGAACAUACCUUUAAUAACGGCAGUGCCACCAGGAUCCACAGACGCUCGUUACGUGCGUUUAGCUGGCGUUCCGGCUUUCGGACUUUCACCCCAACAGAACACACCAACUCUAUUACAUGCCGUCAAUGAGUACCUCGGCGUCGAUACUUUCUUAAACGGAAUCGAUUUCUAUGAGAAAGUGAUAAAAAAUCUGGCUAAUAUACCUGCCAAUGAAGUACAAAAUCCCAGGACGUACUUGUAUGACACCAUAAUAGUAUAAAGGUCAUUUAUUUUUUUAUUAUAUAUAAUUAAACGUUUGUUACUUUUUAUUUGUCUUUUAAUCUAAUC